UCUGACCUGUGGAUCUCAGACUACGUGAGGACGUACGCAGCUGUAUAAGGUCUGCCAUCAGAGUCCAACAGACAAUAUUUCAUCUUUCAUCUUUCAUCAUUCAGGCUACAUUGUGACUGUUUACACACAGGGGUUAUCAGAAAGGCAAAAUUAUGGAGCAGGACUGAGCAAUUAGUUGUGUUAUCCUGCUGCACCUUCACCUCCUUAAACACACACGGGGGCCAGUCUCAGAGGCAACAUGGAGAGGGAAGGGAUGCUGGUCCGCUCCAUUUACUACGGGAGAAUUGGAAGCGGAGCCACAGAGAGGCUGCUGGAGAGGUUUGGACACGAUGGCAGCUUUCUGCUGAGGGACAGCGAGACCGUGCAGGGGGGCUACUGUCUGUGUGUGAGGAAAGCGCCAUUUGUGCACACCUACAGGAUUGUACGCUCCGCUGAGGGCUGGUGUCUUCAGGAUUUAGGAGUCAGACUGCAGAGUUUUCGGACCCUGGAAACACUGAUAGAGAGCUGCAGAAGGGGUACGGGCUCAAAUGUCGGUAUAGCCCCCCUCACAAACCCACUGGACAAAACCCAGCUACAGCACACCAGCUUUGGACAAGAGUUUAUCUACAUGGAAAUGUGUAACAGCAGCAGCUCGGUCUAUUGAAUCCUGACAGAACGAAAGCCAUUAAUCAGGUGGACAAACAAGAUGGGAGUAACAGUACGUGGCACAUAAAGGAUCCGUGUAUUUUUGCAGGGUUAUUCUUUCUUUUUUUAAUCAAUAAUUGAGUCACUUUAGUAUAAGUUUAAAACAAAAACUUCCCAUUCGGUGUAUUACAUUUGACAAGAUUAUCAAAAAGAGGCCAGUGUAGUGUAUGCAAACCUUGUCAAUUACAAGUACAUAUUUUACCACGUACUCCAGAGACCUUGAACUGUUUUUAAAUUGCUGUUCGAGUGAGUGUGGGGGAAAAAAAAGAAGAAAGAAAAAAAAGAUGCUGUGCAAAUAUAUCGCACACUAUCUCUAUUACUGUGGUUUUAUUUUGGAAGACCGAUGUUCUUCAUAUGUGGUCCGUCAUUGUGUGUGAGGAAGGCUGUGUUUGCCUGUCAAAACACAAAUGUUUUCAAACUAAUGGCCUCAGUAAUAAGUCUCUGGUCAUCUGCAUGUAUUAUGAUGUUUUGUGUGAUAAAAGAAAAAUGGUUUUA